AUGUCUGACAAACUUGGUACCCAGAUAUCAAUAAAAGAUUCAAAUUCAACUGGCAAUAAAGGCUUAUACAUCGCCCUGACUCAACCAAACGCAAGAGGCGAGCCUAGAGUGGUGGCCUUGACUUGCAGACAUGAUGUACUCAGCCCUGAAACAGAGGGCCUACAAGAAUAUCGCCAUCAACAGUCUCAGCCUUCCAAGGAAGUCAUUCAAAUACCCCAGCCUACAUACGAAAAGACGCUUGAACGUCUGCCAGUUGUUGUCACAGAUUAUCGCCGUACGGCUACCAGAUCAGCAGACCUAAACCGUCCCGACCGCGCAGCUAGUUAUAAUGAAAGAGCGGACAAGCUAGAGUCUCUUGGGCAGUACAUGGAGCGAUAUAAAACACCCACCUCGAGAGUAUUUGGUCACCUUCUCUACUCGCCGGAACUGGCAUGCGCAUCUGACAACACGAACGGUGCCCAAUGGCUGAGGAACUGGGCAUUAAUCGAACUAUUGCCGAACCGUCACCAGGCUCAGCUCAGUGCCCUCAAGAACAAAGUGUUUGCUGGGUCAUUGCUAUCUGUUCUAAAUACAUGGCGGAAUGCCAAAGUGUCGUCAAGUGCAACGUGGCCAGCAUUACUUGUUAAACGCGACGCUAUUUGGCUGGAGAAGACUGUUGUGCCCAUGGAAGAGCUGUUUACACCACCUGAUGAUGCCGAUGAUCCCGACGAAAAAGCGCUGUUCGUCAUCAAGUACGACAAAUUGGACGGACUAACGUUUGGCCUCGGCAACACGCUAAAGUCAAUCGUUCGCUAUACCGGCAUUGGAGGUAGAGAGUUUAUCAGUGAAGAAUGGUGUAUCACAUCUGCCACGCGGGCUAAUGAGCACCAAAUGGCCUUUUCUUCGGAAGGUGACUCUGGGUUAUGCAUAUUGGAUGCCGAGCGGCGUGUUGCGGGAAUUCUUACGGCAGGAUGUGGUAUAAAUGGCAUAAACAAUGUCACAUAUGCUCAGCCUGUAGAGCGCCUUCUUGCCGACAUUCGAGCCCACGGUUAUGAUGUGGAGCUUGUAUAA